AUGCGGCACCUUGAAGAUAGAUUUGGUAGACCUGGAUCUUUAGCACUAGCCGAGUUAGAAAAAAUGAAACGGAUAAAACCAGUGAAAAAUGAUCCAAGAGACAUUUGCAGAUUCGCCAGCCAGGUAAAGGCCUCUAUUUCUGUCAUCAAAACCUUGAAGAAACCACAGUAUCUUCACUCACCAGAAACUUCCAAGUGCAUAAGGGAAAAAAUGUCAGUGAACAUGUUCGAUAGAUACGUCGCCUUUUAUAGCCGAUACAGAGAUACAGAAAUAGCCGACCUAGAAAUAAUCGAUUUAUUUCUUACCGAAGAAGUACAGAAUUAUGGAGUUUUCGCUCCACCUGAAAUUAUUGACACCAUAAAGCCGCAAUAUGCAAACAUGAGAAGGAUAGUUCACGCUAUGUUAGAGCCAGAAGAGAGAAAACAAGAAUCACCGUCGACGAGUCGAGAAAUAGCCAUUCGCACAGUUAAGAGUGCAUGUAACUUAUGUGAUGAGAAUCAUGGCCUAUUAGAAUGCAAGAAAUUCAGAGAAGCAAGCGUAGAUGAACGAUGGGAAAUUGCGAAGAAAGCUAAGAUAUGUUUCAAGUGCCUUCGUUACAGACACCAGAGACUGGACUGCAAGGCUCCACCCUGUAGGAGAUGCAGGAGAUACCACCAUGUAGCUCUUCAUUCUGAAAGACCCGCACCAGCUGCAGUCCAGCAGAAGAACGAGUCGUGCAACAAUGUCGACUACGAAGAUGAAACAUAUAACGAUGAAGAUGGGUAUUUUGAUGAUGAACCAGAAGAGAAAAUUGUAUCCAUCAAUACCACAGUGACUAAAGGAAAGGUGUAUUUGAAGAUGGUGCCAGUGAACCUAUAUGGCCCAAAAGGAAAAGUCCGAGUGUUAGCAUUGUUAGAUGAAGGAUCUACAAUUACACUGGUAGAUUCCUCGAUUGCAGAGAAGAUUGGAGUUGAAGGAAAGAGAGAACCAUUGACAAUAGAAACGGUUGGUGGAAAAGAAUUGAAGAAGAAUAACUCCUUGAAGGUCAAAUUGAAAAUAAAAGGCGUCAACAGUAGAGAAAUAAUGACAAUGGAAGCCAGGACAAUGGACGAUUUGAAGUUGUCAGAACAAAAAGUUGAUACAGACGUAAUAAACAAUUGUCCUCAUUUAGUAAAAAUCAGAAAAGAACUCGUUUACACCGGUGAAAAGCCUAAGCUUCUUAUAGGACAGGACAAUUGGGGAUUGAUUGUCACAAGGAAACUAUUAAAAGGAAAGGCCACCAAACCAGUGGCAUCACUUACAAGACUAGGAUGGGUUCUGCAUGGAUUUGAUACAAGUGCUAACGCCGUAGUUAACUUCGUUAACCACUGCCGAACUAAGGAAGAUGAAAUAGAAGAAAUCGUCAGAGAACACUUUAAACUGGAGUCUUUGGGAAUACAACCUAAUUUGCCGAGUAAUGACAGUGACCGAAGAGCCUUAGAAGUUUUAGAGAGUACCACGAAGAAACUACCAAAUGAUCAAUACGAAACAGGACUCUUAUGGAAAAAAGAAGAUGAAACUCUACCGAACAAUUAUCAUCAAGCUCUUCGACGACUUAUGAAUAUUGAAAAGAAACUAGACCGAGACGAUGCAUUAAAAGAAUCUUAUACAAAGCAAAUAGAGAAGUUGUUGGAAAAGGGUUACGCAGAAAAGGCCCCAGAAAAUACCAGUAGCGGGAGAACCUUUUAUCUUCCUCAUUUUGCAGUCGUUCAUCCAAUCAAGAAGAAGCCAAGAAUAGUGUUCGAUGCAGCGGCAAAAUUUGAAGGUAAAAGCCUUAAUGAUGCGCUACUAGCAGGACCGGAUUUACUUCAAUCCCUAUUUGGAGUUUUGUUACGAUUCAGAGAGGGUCCAGUAGCAGUGGUGGCCGAUAUUCAAGAAAUGUUUCUAAGGAUAAAGAUAAGAGAAGCGGAUAGAGACAGCCUUAGAUUCUUAUGGCGUGGAGAAGAUAGAAAGAAGAAACCUGAAGAAUAUCGGAUGACUUCGGUAAUCUUUGGAGCUGCAUCGUCUCCAGCGACCGCCAUAUACGUCAUGAAUAAAAACGCUAAGGAAUACGGAAAAUCUUUCCCUGAAGCAGUGAAAGCAAUUGAAAAGAACCAUUAUAUGGACGAUUACCUGCAAAGUUUCAGGACCACUGAAGAAGCAAAGCAAACGGCAGCAAAAGUGAAAGAAAUUCAUGAAAAGGCAAGUUUUCACUUGAAAGGCUGGGCUAGCAAUGAUGCGAGAGUAAUUGAGGAAUUCAGAGAAAAGAUACAGAAUGAUUCUUUAGAACUCACGAAAGAAGAAAAAACUCUUGGUUUAAGAUGGUUGGUGAAAGAAGAUGCAUUGGCUUUUAAUGUUGGUUUACGAAAUACCUCGGAAGAACUCAUGAAUGGGACAAAAAUUCCCACCAAACGAGAAGUAAUGAGCGCUGUCAUGUCAACAUUUGACCCUUUGGGAUUUGCGACACCUGUAUUGAUUCAGGGGAAGAAAUUAAUUCAAGAUAUUUGGAGAACGAAAAUUGACUGGGAUGAAAAAAUUCACGAAGAUCAAGUGAAGUCAUGGUUGAAGUAUUUGGAAGAAGUAUCCACUCUAACAGAAUUAAAAAUCGCAAGAUGUAUCUCGCCGUACUCGCAAGAAGGAGAAUUACAUACCUUUACAGACGCAAGCGAAGAAGCUUAUGCCGCAGCCGUGUAUUGGCGGACUAUAGGAACUGAUGGGAAGAUACACGUUACCCUAAUUGCAGGGAAAGCAAGGGUCGCACCGACGAAACCCAUUUCGAUUCCAAGGCUAGAACUGCAGGCUGCUUUACUAGGGACAAGGUUAGCAGCGACAAUAGAACGCGAAAUGGAUCUACGUGUGCUAAAAAAAGCAUAUUGGACCGACUCAAGUACAGUGUUGCAAUGGAUUAAAUCUGAUCCUCGAAAAUUUAAAACCUUCGUAGCUCACCGGCUGGCUGAAAUCGAAGAAUCGACGAACGUUGGAGAAUGGAGGUGGGUGCCUACUAAAGAAAAUCCAGCCGACGAUGCGACGAGAGGGACGCCAAAUGACUUUGACCAAGCAGCAAGAUGGUUCCAAGGCCCCUCUUUCUUGCGCAAAAACGAAAAUGAAUGGCCUGUGAGAAGAUUUGAUAAAACGAAUGAAAAUCUGGAAGAGAAAGAAAUAAGGCAACAAGUUGGAACGAUAAAGGUACCAACGGUUGAACUACCAGAUCCAGAAAGGUUUUCAAGUUGGAUCAAGCUGCUUCGAGUUACUGCGAGAGUUAUUCAAUUCUUGGAUCUGUUAAGAAAAAGAAAGAAUGAAAACGUUAACGCUGCCAGGCGCAAGGACGAGAUAUGGAGACCAAACGAAAAACCCCAGAAAAAGAAAGAUCGAAUAAUCAUAGAAACAAAGAAGAAAGAGAAAAUAUAUUUCAUUCCUUUAGAAGAAGAACAAUUGAGAAAGGCGGAAGCAUUUUUGAUAAAAAGAAGUCAAAUAGAAAGUUUCAAUAAAGAAAUUGAAUGCUUGAAAAAGGAGAUACCGUUAGAAAAAUGCAGCCGAUUAAAGAAGAUAGACGUUUACCUGAACAGUAACGGAAUAAUUAAAUUAAGAAGUCGAACAAGAAAAUUCUCAUGUAGGAAAACCAACCCACCAGUACUGGAUGGAAGACAUAAAAUUGUUCGAUUAAUUGUUGAAGAUUAUCACAAACGAUUCUUGCAUGCAAAUACGUUAACGGUAAUGAAUGAGAUAAGACAAAAAUAUUGGAUUCUGGGAUUAAGAUCUACCGUUAAAGGAAUUAUUCACGGAUGUCAGUGGUGUAAAGUAAAGAAAGGCAUGCCAGAGACACCACCAACUGGAAAUUUACCAAUCGAACGAAUGCAGUAUCAUCAAUAUCCAUUCUCCAGCUCAGGUGUGGACUAUUUUGGACCAAUGACAAUCAAGGUGGGAAGAAGGAUCGAGAAACGCUGGGGAGCGUUGUUUACGUGUCUUACAACCAGAGCUAUCCAUUUGGAGCUUGUUCCAUCGCUAACGGCAAGCUCGAUGAUAAUGGCAUUACGUCGAAUGGCAGCACGGCGGGGAAUGCCCAGAACUAUUGUAAGUGAUAAUGCGACAAACUUUAUUAAAGCCAGCAAAGAACUAGAAGAAGCUGCUGCAGAAAGAGGAAUCAGAUGGAAGUUCAUACCUCCCGGAACUCCAAACAUGGGCGGUGCCUGGGAAAGGAUGGUUAGGUCAGUGAAAACAGCUUUGGCUGCAGUUUUAAACGAAAGAAACCCUCCUGAAGAAGUUUUGCACACGUUGAUGACGGAAGUAGAACAUAUAGUAAACUCACGACCACUUACACAUCUUAGUACAGACCCAGAUGACGAAGAAAGUUUGACUCCUAACCACUUUCUUUUAGGGAGAUCAAGCGGAAUAGAAACCCCAGGAGAAUUCAACGACCACGAACUUAUCGGAAAAGCGAAUUGGAGAACUGCUCAGAGACUAACUGAUCAUUUUUGGAAAAGAUGGAUUGACGAAUAUCUACCCACCUUAAUGCCUAGGAAAAUUACUGGGAGGGAAACAAAUGACCCACAAGUAGGCGAUAUUGUAUUGAUAGUAGACUCAACACUUCCACGAAAUACUUGGCCACGAGGGAAAGUGACAAAAUUGUAUCCUGGACCAGAUGGGAGAACGAGAAUUGUAGACGUGCAAACUACCGGAGGAAUGCUAAGACGUCCUAGCCGUCGAGUCAUCGUGGUGGUUCCUACAGAAUCAUCGCUUAAAACGUGA